UAGGCCCAGUCAGGGUAUUGCGCAUGCGCAUAUCAUAUUCAGUAUUACUGGGUCGAACCGCUGCAUCAAUAGCAAGACAUGUCAGAGAAGAAACAAACAGUGGAUUUGGGGCUGUUGGAGGAGGAUGAUGAAUUUGAAGAAUUCCCAGCAGAGGACUGGACGGGCCUGGAUGAAGAUGAGGACGCUCAUGUUUGGGAAGAUAACUGGGAUGAUGACAACGUAGAGGAUGAAUUUUCUAAUCAGCUGAGAGCGGAGCUAGAAAAACACGGAUACAAGAUGGAAACCUCUUAGCAUUGGAAUACUUGAGCUGAAAAUUGAUUUUUCCACAUUUGAAUAUUGUCAG